AUGACUCAGAGAGGCAAAUCUAAUUUCGAGAACUUUCUUGAACACAUCUCUCCUACUGUUCGUUUUCAUACCAAGAGUCGUCGGGAUUCGUCUUCUUCUCCAAUAGGCGAAGCAGAAAAAGUGAGAAAGCUUGACGUUGGUCUGAGAGCCGUUUGGUCUGCUUACGAAGAGUGGAGCUGUUAUGCACGAGGCGUUCCUCUUAAACUGAACCACACACAUUCGGAUGUUACUCAGUACUAUGUUCCUUCUCUCUCCGCCAUUCAAAUCUUCACCAACGAACCAUUCGUCGAUGGAUCUUCUUCAAGGAGUUCUGGAACGGAUUCUCAUCUUUACUUUGAGUACAAUGAGACAAUGGGGUUUGAUGUUAGGCCUCCACUUAUUGAAAAGGUUGAUGAGCUAGCUGAGCAGCACCAUGGGCUGAAGAGUCUUGAAAGCUCUGAGCUUUCUAAAAACAGUUGGUUUUCUGUAGCUUGGUCUCCGAUAUAUCAGAUUCCAGAAGUGCACGACGUGAAGGCAUUAUCUGUCUCUUUUCUGACAUAUCAUUCAUUGACACCAACCUAUCCAGAAACAUUUUAUAAGAAGAAGAAAGUUGUGCUUCCUGCUUUUGGAGCAGUGACUUCCAAGCUCUCUGGCAAAGUGUGGACCAUGCCGGAGACCUCAGAUCAACAAAAGAUAAACACUCAAGAAGAAUCUGCUGCCUCCUGGUUGAGAACACUCAUGUUCACGCACAGCGAUUUCGACAUGUUUAUGGCUGAGAAAUCUAAUGACCUGCCACUUCCAAGUGGGUGUUAA